UGAAGCUUGAUGUCGGCUCAUGGGCCCUUAAUGGGCUGCUUGUACCAAAGGGGCAGUUGUGUCUCCUCCCGCAUAGGCUUUAUAUGCGAAGGCAGUCACUCCCCAUACUACAAAUAGGAUCACCUGCCUACAUCUCUCUCUCUCUCUCUCUCUCUCUCUCUCUCUCUCUCACGCACACACACACACGCAGCUGCUCACAUUGGACAGACAUGCCAAGACUACAAAGAUACAGAGGGGUUAGGCAAAGGCACUGGGGCUCGUGGGUCUCCGAGAUCAGGCACCCUGUUCUGAAGACCAGGAUCUGGUUAGGCACCUUCGGCACCGCUGAGGACGCCGCGAGGGCCUACGACGAGGCGGCGCGGCUCAUGUGCGGAUCCAAGGCCCGCACCAACUUCCCCGUCGACCCCAACUGCUCGAUCCCGGCGCCGGCCUUGUCCCCGGGCCUCAUGGCGAAGCUGGAGAAGUGCUGCUCGGCGUCCCGGGAGGAGGGCAAGAGAGUUGAGGUGGUCGCGCCGGUCGGAAGGGAGGAGGAGGCGGAGGUCACACGCGUGGAUGAUGAGUACAUAGAGGAGAUGAUCGAGGAGCUCAUAUACAAUGGUUCUCUGGAGAUAUCGACUUCUUCUUCUUCUUCUUCUUCUUCUUCUUCAUCAUCAUCUUCUUAUCUGUGACUGUAGCUGGGUCAUUUCAGCCGGCAGUCCGUCGUCACCUGUCACAUACACAUGAAAACGUGAGAGUCUGGGUUAGACCUAGUCAUGUAAAGGGUGCCACUGCCCUUUCAGUAAUAAUACUAUCUGCUGUGUGCCAUGCACUAAAAGCAUGAGUUCUCGAUCUGAGAUGCCUCGAGAUGGUUGACUGAGCCGACUCGGCCAGGGAAUCAAGUAGGUCAAAGAUGAUCUAAGAUGCCUCGAUGCCGAGGCCUCAACAACCUACUUGGUUGACCCCUCAGUUUAUUCCCCUGACAACAUCUAUCGAUGUUUUUUUUUUCUCUCGCUGGCUGGCUCAGAGAAAAUUAAGAUGCCACACCACAUUACCUCCUACAGUAUACACUAUACUAAUAUUUGAUUUCUCUGUGAUCUAAUCAAUUCAUGCAGGUGAAAGGUUAACUGUCUCGAGUAACUUAUGAUCCAGUCUUUUGGUACCUAUGUUGCCUCUCUUAUGCAUCAACUUGCAUUCAUGCAUAGAAAGCACAGAGCAUUGA